AUGUCUGGUCAACGUGAUAUAUUUUCAAUGCUUUCAAAGCAAAAAAAAGCUGAUAAAGAUGUAAAAGUGAAAGAGAAACCUACUGAGAAGAAGGAAUCACCUGUUAAAGCUGAUACAACCAAUAAAUCCAAAAGUAGAAGUCCAUCACCAAGUAGAAAGAAACAAAAAGUGGAAAAAAGUGAAGUUGAAGUUGUUAAACCAGUGGAAUUGAAAGAAAAUGAUAAGAAACCAACCAAAGUUGAAGAAGAACUCAUUGAAGAAGAUUCAGAUGAAGAACAAAUCAAAGCUAGCUCUAGAAGAAACAAAAGUUCAUCAGAACCAAAAUCAGAACCUGAGUCUACCACUAAACAAGAUGAAAACUCCGAUAAAGAUGAAUUAGAGUAUGAUUCAUCAACUGAACAAAAGGAUCAUGAUGAUAUUCAAAAAUUAUCAAAAUUAGAACCAACAAAAUUAGAAACAAAACUAGCUGAAAAGAAACCAAUUCCAUACGCUGCUGUUGUGGAAAUUUUCGAAAAAAUUGAAUCAACAACAAAAAGACUAGAAAUUAUUAAAUAUACUUCAGAUUUCUUCCUCAAAGUUUUACAAACAAAUCCAAAUGAUUUGAUCCCAAUAACGUAUCUUUUCAUCAAUAGAUUAGGUCCAGAUUAUGAAGGUUUAGAAUUAGGUCUUGGUGAAACCAUUUUAAUUAAAACAAUUAGUGAAAGUACUGGUAAAAAUACUCAACAUGUUAAAGCCAAAUAUAGAGAAAUUGGUGAUUUAGGUACAGUGGCAUUACAAGCUAGAUCUGUUCAACCAACAAUGUUUAAACCAAAACCUUUGACUGUUGAUACUGUUUUUGAUAAUUUGAAACAAAUUUCUAAAGCUUCUGGUAAAGAUUCACAAACUAAAAAAAUUAACAUCAUUAAGAGAAUGUUAACUGCUUCACAAGGAUUAGAAGCUAAAUUCUUGAUUAGAUCAUUAGAAUCAAAAUUAAGAAUUGGUUUAGCUGAAAAGACUGUAUUAAUUUCAUUAGCAAAAGCUCUUGCAACAUUUGAACAAUUAAACCAAGGUAAAAAACAAGAACGUAUAUCACCAGAUUUAUUUAUUAAAGCUGAAGAAGCUAUAAGAGAUGCAUUUUGUCAAGUACCAAAUUAUGAAGUAUUAAUCAACACAGCAAUUGAACACGGUGUUUUGAAAUUAGGUGAUCAUUGUACUUUAAAACCAGGUAUCCCAUUGAAACCAAUGUUGGCAAAACCUACAAAAUCUGUAGGUGAAGUUCUUGAUAGAUUUAAUGGUGAAGAAUUUACAUGUGAAUAUAAAUAUGAUGGUGAAAGAGCCCAGGUUCAUCUUUUAAAUAAUGGUGAAGUUAAAGUUUAUUCAAGAAAUUCUGAAGAUAUGUCACAAAGAUAUCCUGAUAUUAUUGAUAGUGUUAAAGGUUUCUUGAAACCAGAUCAAGAUACUAAAUCAUUAAUUUUAGAUUGUGAAGCUGUGGCAUGGGAUAGAGUUGAUGAAAAGAUUUUACCAUUUCAAGUCCUUUCUACAAGAAAGAGAAAAGAUGUCUCUACUGAAGAUAUUAAAGUUCAAGUUUGUCUUUUCGCUUUUGAUAUGUUAUGUUAUAAUGAUGAACCAUUAAUUUCCAAACCCUUAAGAGAAAGAAGAAAUCAAUUAUAUAAAGUUUUAAAUCCAAUCCCAGGGAAAUUCCAAUUUGCAACAAGUAAAAUAACUUCAGAUGUUGAUGAAUUACAAACUUUCUUAGAUGAAUCUGUUAAAAGUGCGUGUGAAGGUCUUAUGGUCAAGACAUUAGAUUCUGAUCCAUAUAGACCAAGUCAAAGAAGUAAUUCAUGGUUAAAAUUGAAAAAAGAUUAUUUAGAAGGUGUUGGGGAUUCUUUAGAUCUUGUUGUUAUUGGUGCUUAUUAUGGUAGAGGUAAAAGAACAGGUACUUAUGGUGGAUUCCUCUUAGCGUCAUAUAAUCAAGACUCUGGUGAAUAUGAAACUUGUUGUAAAAUUGGUACAGGUUUUUCAGAUGAAAUGUUGAAAACAUUAUAUGAAAAAUUAUCCAAGACAGAAAUUGAAGAUCCAAAAUCAGAAUUUACUUUUGAUUCAAGUGCAGAACCUGAUGUUUGGUUUGAACCAAGUACGUUAUUUGAAGUGCUUACAGCUGAUUUAUCAUUAAGUCCGGUGUAUAAAGCAGGUGCUGAAGUGUUUGGAAGAGGUGUUUCAUUAAGAUUUCCUAGAUUUUUGAGAAUUAGAGAUGAUAAAUCACCAGAAGAUGCUACUUCAAGUGAUCAAGUUGUGGAGUUUUAUGAGAGACAAUCAGCACAACAGUAA